CGGGUGCAGACCGCGGCGGCGGAGGACGAGCGAUGGCCGCGGCUCCGCGGGGCGCCCUGCGGCGGCUCUUCGCGCUGGGGUUCGGGCUGGUGCUGCUGCGCGCCGCGGCCGCGGAACAGGCGCCGGGCGCCGCCCCCUGCGCGCGCGGCAGCUCCUGGAGCGCCGACCUGGACAAGUGCAUGGACUGCGCCUCGUGCCCGGCGCGGCCGCACAGCGACUUCUGCCCGGGCUGUGCAGCCGCACCCCCCGCUCCCUUCCGGUUGCUUUGGCCCAUCCUGGGGGGCGCCCUCAGCCUGGCGCUGGUGCUGGCCCUGCUUUCCGGCUUUCUGGUCUGGAGACGGUGCCGCAGGAGAGAGAAGUUUACCACCCCCAUCGAGGAGACCGGUGGAGAGGGCUGUCCCGGUGUGGCACUGAUCCAGUGACCCAUCUACCGGCGCGGUGCCCACUCGUCAUUCAUUCAUUUUGGAGCUGGCCUUGGCCACCCAGACACAGCCUGAGCCAGGCUCUUCCAACCACAGGGGGUGGGGUGGGGGUGAUGAAUCACCUCCCAGGCCUGAGCCAGGGCUCCGAGGAGCCUUUCUGGGGUGUCUGAUUGCCCUGUCUGGCUCCUAGACAGAGAAGGAGCCUCAUGCUGCCUCAUACAAAGAAACUGCAGUACUUGCACACGGGGGUCUCCUUCCCCCACUGCCCCGGCUCACUCCAAGGGCAGACACUACUAGGCACUCAAUGGACUGAAAUUCCACCACCGCGGCUCAGCCCCGGCGUGGGGGUGGGGGUUAGGAGCCUGUUCUUAGCUAGGGGCUGGCCCUCCAUGAGGGCAGGUCCUCAUGUAAAUCCUCCCCCAUCCCCCAGGGGGGGGAGGAGAUAUUUAUUUUGGGGGAGAAACUUUGGAGAGGAGAAUUUAUUAAUAAAAGAAUCUUUAACUGUAAAUGGUUA